CUGCACAACUUUGUGUUUGGUUGUUGCUGUUCGGUGUUGCCAUCUCCAAACCAUGUCCCAAACAUGUCAAUGAAGUUCCAAUUUGAAGAAGAUCGUAAUAGUUUUCCUAUUCACCAAGAUGAGUAACGUUUGUAGAGAGGUCGUCACUCUUCAGUUGGGGCAUUAUUCCAACUUUGUUGGAACUCACUGGUGGAAUUUACAGGAUGCUUCUUUAUCAUACGACCCAGAGACGCCACCGAGUGAGAUCCAGAGCGAUGUCCUGUUUCGUGAAGGACAGACUCCGGGUGGACAUGUCACCCACACGCCGCGCCUCAUCGCCAUGGAUCUCAAAGGAAGUCUGCGGACUCUACGGCAGGAGGGAAAUCUAUAUGACGCCGGCACAGACACCUCCGCUGCCACAUGGGAGGGAAGCCUCAUGAUGCACAAAGAAAGUCCACCUCAGAAGAACUCCUUCCUGGAAGAUCUGGACAGGAUGGAUAAAGGAGAGAUCCUUGCUCAAGAUGAUUUUUAUUCCAGUCCCCGGCCUCACUGUUCAGCAGGCGCAGUGAGUGUGGACACUGUGAACAGCCAGCUGGCUCGUGUCCAAAAAGGCUACCGGCUGGAGGGCAGCGUGAAGGUGUGGUCCGACUUCCUCAGGAUCCACCUGCACCCUCGAUCCGUCUCCGUCAUCCACCAGUACAACCAUGACGGCGAGGCUCACCGUCUGGAGACUUUUGGUCAGGGAGAAGGUCUCUUGCAGGGGCCGCUGCUGGAGCAGCUAGAGGACAAACUGCACUUCUUUGUAGAGGAGUGUGAUUACCUUCAGGGUUUCCAGGUGUUCUGUGACCUGGCCGAUGGCUUUGCCGGCCUGGGGUCAAAGGUCACGGAGAUGCUGCAGGACUCCUAUGGCGGGAGGGGCAUCCUGACUUGGGGGUUGGCGCCUGUCAGCCACCCGGACACGACGCCGAUGAAGGAGCUCUACCACGUGUUGAACUGCGCGUUGGGGACGGUCAACAUGGCCGCCAACAGCUCCUUCUUCUGCCCGCUGACGCUGCGGGGUGGACUGGGGAGACGGCCCUCAUCGCCCGUCGCUUUCCCCCACCUAAAUUAUGAUCCCUCUCUGUGGUAUCACUCCAGCUCCGUGCUGGCUCUGGCCCUCGAUGCCCUCACCCUGCCUUACAGGCUGAAGGACGGCGCCCCCAUGUGGCAGAUGGCGGACACGCUGGCCGUGUCCGGCAGAAAGGUGGUGGCCGCUUACGGCGCCGUGCCCUUUCCCAUGAUGCACGGCGCCGCUCUCCCCGACGCCCUCAGCGCCUGCGCGGACGCGUUGCCCUGGAAGCCUCUCUCGGCUUGCCCUGAACCCGGCGACGGCCGUUGCUACGGCCAGUUGGUGACACUCAGAGGCUUCGAGGGGCAGAGACUCACCAGCUCUCUGGCUCCAGGGACCCAGCCAGCCACUCCUCUGCACGACCUUCACAGAGGCGAGGACGUCCUGGAGUCCUACGUCAGGUCCUUCUACCCCAGGUCCCCCCUGGCGCUGCAGCUGGUAUCUACACCCAGUGCGCUGACGCCGCCGUUCCCACAGAUAUUCAGUCACUUCCUUGGUCCUCGGGGCUUCCUGCAGAGCCAGCCUCUUCCUCCUGGCAGCCGGGCGGUCUCCCUGGCGCCCGUCAUGACGUCCCUCCAGUCGGGUCCCGCUGUCGGCUCGUGGCUGUCCCAGCUGCACAGCGGCGCCGGCGCUCUGGACAUCCGCCGCUCGGCCCCCAGCUUCCUCUCGCAGGGGCCUGAAAUGUCGGACUACAAGGACGCGCUGGAGGAGCUGCGCCUGCUGGGCCGCUGCUACCGCGACGGGACGAUGUGCUCCUCCUCCUCCUCAGAAGACAACGAUGACUGACACUGGCAGACUGCUGACGGCACGCACUCAUUCAGAGCGGCGAGGAGCUGCUGCUGGAUGAAGGAACCGGGCCGAAGACGUGCUAAGAAGAGCGCUACAUGUGACCCACUCAGUGAGGGGAUGGCGGAAGCAUUACGCCACUUUUGUUCCGUGUCCUCAGAUUACUAUUUACCUGCAAAAAAUGUUAUACUAAGAAUCUGCUAUAAAAUGGUUUCAUUUGCAGUAAAUAGCACAGCGGUUGUUUGUAAAGGUUAUUGUACUAGACAGACAGAUGGGGGGUCAGUUUAAAGUCAGGACACCUUCCGAUCAGCUGCUCUGAUGACAUUGAACAUCUUGCAGCUGCAGAAAGUAUAACUUUGGCCAAAGCGUGCACUUGUUGAUGGGCAACCAUGCAUUGUAAAUAGUUUGGUGAUCAUAUGAAUUAAAUGGUUUUUCCAUCGUCAUUUGCUUUGGAUGCAACCCAGCUAAGACUAAUGCGUUACUAGUUCCAAACCAGUAAUCAGAUUAAAGUUACUUGUCCCGUGCGUUACCAUUUUGUCAUUAAUAGUAAAAUAUAUAUUUGAUUUGUU